AGGAAGCCUUUGUCACAAUGAUUGACUGAUUUACCUGUGAAGAAUAAUGUCCAAAAGUGAUCACAAAAAAGGUACCUGGUGUCACUGGCCUUUGCAGGCAUGUCAGCCCCCCAGGUGGUGAUGGCCAGCUAGCCAGAAGACCCCAGGGCAGAGGAUCUGCUAUGGUAGCUGGUGUCAGGUCCCGGCACAAACCACUGCUUGUGUCCUGGUGACUUCCUUGGCAAUCCCGGAAGUCCUGGUCUGUGUCUGCUUCACCCACACCUGUGGCAUGUGCGGGGUGGCCGUCUCCAGCAGCUGGGCUGGUCUUGUGGGUGUUUUGUCGUUAGGGAAGAGGUCUCAGGUGAACAAGAAUCCUUGGAUAGUGUCACAGGAAGAUGAGAGGGACUGGAGGGGUCGCCUGGUCCAAACCCUGUACUCAACCUAAGCCAGCAGUGAAUCAGGACUUGCUGACAGCCACGCAGGCGUCAGAGCCAGGACCAGGCGGCCCUGUCUCACCCAGACUCCCAGGCCAGCGCUGCUUCUGGGAGCAAUUAUCAAAAUUAAUAUCAUACUUGGAGAAAAUAGCCAGAGUGUAAAAAUGUCGUUUUCUAGCUUCUGUUUUUGGGAAGUCUGAACAGGCCUGAGACAGACAGACAGACAGACACACACAACACACACACACACACACACACACCCCUUGCUGUCUCGCUUUUCCUGUGACUGCUGGGCCUCUUGGGGUGUGCUUGUGAUGCUGGGCAGCGCUGUGGCCAUUGUAGGGUCAUCAGUGUGGUGGCCCCGAAGAACUUGGAAGGCACCUCUGAGAUUUUAAUUAUAAAUUACCAUAAACUUGGUCAGACCAGAGGAAGACAGAGGUGCUUCGGUGACAGAGAGGCACGGAGGCCUGUGAUUAGACUGGAACCUGACAAAGGAAGACAGGGUUGGAGAGCGAUGGAUGCCUGCAGCAGGAACAAAAGGGAGACUGAGGACAGUGGGCUUGGGCACCGCCUGCGUCUGACCCAACCAGAGGGGCCUGUGCCAGCAGCGAGACGGAGAGCGAGGCGGGGGACAUCAUGGACCAGCAGUUUGAAGAGAUGAACAACAAGCUCAACUCCGUGACUGACCCCACGGGCUUCCUGCGGAUGGUGCGCCGCAACAACCUCUUCAACAGAAGCUGCCACAGCAUGACCAGCCUGGUCAGUAACCCCGUGUCGCCCAUGAAGGACGGGACCCCUUCUCUCCCCAGGAGGCAGAGCUCGCUGGCCAGGCCCCCGCUCCGCGCCCUGUACGACCUGCUCAUCGCGCCCAUGGAAGGGGGCCUGAUGCACUCCAGCGGCCCCGUGGGCCGCCACCGGCAGCUGGUCCUGGUCCUGGAGGGGGAGCUCUACCUCAUCCCCUUCGCCCUCCUGAAGGGCAGCGCCUCCAACGAGUACCUGUACGAGCGCUUCGCCCUCAUCGCUGUGCCUGCCAUCCGCUCGCUCGGCCCGCACUCCAAGGGUCCCCAGAGGAAGACCCCACCCACGUACUCCAGCCCCACGUCCAUGGCAGUUGUCAUUGGCAAUCCCAAGCUCCCAUCAGCGGUGAUGGACAGGUGGCUGUGGGGCCCGAUGCCCUCGGCCGAGGAGGAGGCCUACAUGGUGUCUGAGCUGCUGGGCUGCCAGCCGCUGGUGGGCAGCGUGGCGACCAAGGAGAGGGUCAUGAGCGCCCUGACCCAGGCGGAGUGUGUCCAUUUUGCCACCCACAUCUCCUGGAAGCUGUCGGCCUUGGUCCUCACGCCCAGUGUGGAGGGCAACCCAGGGGGCAGCAAGAGCUCGUUUGGCCACCCCUACACGAUCCCCGAGUCCCUGCGGGUGCAGGACGACGCCAGCGAUGGGGACAGCAUUUCGGACUGUCCGCCCCUGCAGGAGCUGCUGCUCACGGCCGCCGACCUCCUGGACCUCAGGCUGCCGGUGAAGGUGGUGGUGCUCAGCUCCUCCCAGGAGGCCAACAGCCGGGUCACCGCCGACGGGGUGGUGGCGCUGACACGGGCCUUCCUGGCUGCUGGCGUGCAGUGCGUCCUUGUGGCUCUGUGGCCAGUGCCGGUGGCCGCUUCCAAGAUGUUCCUCCAAACCUUCUACUCGUCCCUGCUGAACGGCCUGAAGGCCAGCGCCGCCCUGGGCGAGGCCAUGAAAGCAGUGCAGAGCAGCAAGGCGUUUUCGCACCCUUCCAACUGGGCAGGCUUCAUGCUCAUUGGGAGCGACGUGAAGCUUAACAGUCCCUCGUCACUCAUCAGCCAGGCGCUCACGGAGAUCCUGCAGCACCCGGAGCGCGCGCGGGACGCCCUGCGUGUACUGCUGCACCUGGUGGAGAAGUCCCUGCAGCGCAUCCAGAACGGGCAGCGCAACGCCAUGUACACGUCCCAGCAGAGUGUCGAGAACAAAGUGGGCGGUGUCCCCGGCUGGCAGGCCCUCCUCACCGCCGUGGGCUUCCGGCUGGACCCGCCGGCCAGCGGCCUGCCUGCGGCUGUCUUCUUCCCGACCUCUGACCCCGGCGAGCGGCUCCAGCAGUGCAGUACCACUCUUCAGGCGUUGCUGGGUCUGCCCACCCCGGCCCUCCACGCGCUGUGCAAGCUCAUCACGGCCUCAGAGACAGGCGAGCAGCUCAUCAGCCGGGCUGUUAAAAGUAUGGUGGCAAUGCUGCACCAGGUGCUGGUCCAGCUCCAGGCCGGCGAGAAGGAGCAGGACCUCGCGUCGGCUCCCAUCCAGGUCUCCAUCUGCGUCCAGCUGUGGCGGCUCCCGGGAUGUCACGAGUUCUUGGCGGCUCUCGGUUUUGAUCUCUGCGAAGUCGGCCAGGAGGAAGUGAUCCUGAAAACCGGAAAGCAAGCCAACCGGCGGAUUGUGCACUUUGCCCUGCAGUCCCUGCUGGCACUCUUUGAUUCCACAGAGCUCCCGAAGCGGCUCAGCCUGGACAGCUCGUCCUCCCUGGAGUCGCUGGCGUCCUCACAGUCCGUGUCCAACGCUCUGCCCCUGGGCUACCAGCAGCCCCCGUUCUCCCCGACUGGGGCCGACAGCAUCGCCUCCGACGCAAUCUCCGUCUACAGCCUGAGCUCCAUCGCCUCUUCCAUGAGCUUCGUCUCCAAGCCCGAGGGGGGGUCCGAGGGCGGGGGCCCCCGAGGACGGCAGGACUGUGACAGGCCCAAGAACGCCUACCCGCAGCGAGCCACCCUGCCACGCCGCCAGCUGUCCCCCCAGGCCCGGCCUGCGGGCGGCAAGGAGGAGGAGGAGUACGAGGGCUUCUCCAUCAUCAGCACGGAGCCCCUGGUGACCUACCCCGACGACAGGAAGGCCCGCUUCUCCCCUGACCACAAGCAGCCCCAAGUCGGGGCGCCGGGAGGCGCGAGGGCCUCCGUCAGCUCCAAGGGGAGCGUCAGCACCCCCAACUCCCCAGUGAAGAUGACUCUGAUCCCCAGCCCCAACUCGCCCUUCCAGAAGGUAGGCAAACUGGCCAGCUCAGACACGGGUGAGUCCGACCAGUCCAGCACCGAGACCGACAGCACCGUGAAGUCCCAAGAGGAGAGCGCAGCCAAGCUGGAUCCCCAGGAGCUGGCCCAGAGGAUCCUGGAAGAGACACAGAGUCACCUUCUGGCGGUGGAGCGGCUGCAGAGGAGCGGUGGCCCUGCGGCCAAGGGCCCUGACCGUGAGGACGCUGGGGCGCUGCCCAGCAGCCCGGCUGUCUUCCAAGCGUCAGAAACCAGCGCCUUCAGCAGGCCUGUCCUCUCUCACCAGAAAAGCCAGUCCUCCCCGGUCACUGGCAAACCAAAGCCCCCCGCCAGGAGCUCGUCCAUCCCCAAGGUGAGCUCCGGCUACAGCAGCCCUGUCCCCUCGGAGGCCUCAGGCAAGGAUGGCCCGAGCCCGGCCGGUGGCCAUCCGUCCCCCGGAUGCGAUACCCAGGGCCCCCUGCCAGAGCCGCCGCUCUUCAGACUGAAGUACCCCAGCUCGCCCUACAGCGCUCACAUCUCUAAGUCGCCCCGGAACGCAUCCCCCAGCUCAGGCCACCAGUCCCCUGCGGGCAGCGUGCCGUCCCCGCACUGUCCUACUCGUCUGCCGGCUCUGCCCGCUCGAGUCCGGCCGACGCCCCCGACGGGGACAAGCUGAAACUGGCAGCCGUGGACGAGAAGGU